UGGGCCCGCCUCCAGCUCUCCUGGGACCGCCCGGAGCCGGGAGCUCGCCUGCCUAACCCGGCUAGUAGCGCCUGGGCGCGUUUAGGAGGGGGCGGGCCCGGGGGUGGUGGCCCCUGGAGCGGUUGCCGCGGGGACCGGGCUGAGACGCUGCCCAAAGGCGGAAGUGAGAAAGUUGUCGGCGUCUCGAGGCGAGUUGGCGGAGCGGUGCGCGCGGCGCGGCGAUGGGGGGCUCUGGCAGUCGCCUGUCCAAGGAGCUGCUGGCCGAGUACCAGGACUUGACGUUCCUGACGAAGCAGGAGAUCCUCCUAGCCCACAGGCGGUUUUGUGAGCUGCUUCCCCAGGAGCAGCAGAGCAUGGAGGCGUCACUUCGGGCACAAGUGUCCUUCGAGCAGAUCCUCAGCCUUCCAGAGCUUAAGGCCAACCCCUUCAAGGAGCGAAUCUGCAGAGUCUUCUCCACGUCCCCAACCAGAGACAGCCUUAGCUUUGAGGACUUCCUGGACCUCCUCAGUGUGUUCAGUGACACAGCCACGCCGGACAUCAAGUCCCAUUAUGCCUUCCGAAUCUUCGACUUUGAUGAUGAUGGAACCUUGAACAGAGAAGACCUGAGCCAGCUGGUAAACUGCCUCACAGGAGAGAGCGAGGACACACGGCUCAGUGCGUCCGAGAUGAAGCAGCUCAUUGACAACGUGAGCAGCUGGGCCUGGGAGUGGGAGGGAAGGGUAGCUAGCUUUGGCCUGAAACUCUCCCUUCCCCAGAUCCUGGAGGAGUCUGACAUUGACAGGGAUGGAACCAUCAACCUCUCUGAGUUCCAGCACGUCAUCUCCCGUUCCCCAGACUUUGCCAGCUCCUUUAAGAUUGUCCUGUGACAGCAGCCCCGGUGUGUGUCCUGGUAUCCUGUCCAAGAACCUUUCUGCUGCUGAGCUGUGGCUAAGGGCAAGCCUGUGUUGCCAGGGCAGGCCAGGCGGGCCCAGCCUGGAGCUGGCACUGUGCAGCCUCACCCGGUCAAGGGUGGCCUCCUUGUCAGGGCCUCUCCUCUGCCAUUGCCCUGUUUGUCUGUACUCAUCAGUAAUAAAGGUUUAGAAGCUUGA